AUGUCUUCUUCGAAAUCAAGUACGAAUAUACCGGAUCAUUAUCCUGAUUCACCAAAGGAUGUUAACGAUGGAGUACAAGUGCAAACAUUCGAUAUGGAUCAUACACCUUUACCGGCAACUAAUCUUUUCUCCAAUCAUGCUCAACGUGGAUUAAAGAUGAGGCACCUUCAGCUCAUUGCCAUCUCCGGAGCGAUUGGAAGUUCCGUUUUCAUCUCUAUCGGAGGUCCAUUGACUGGUGGUCCUCUAGCCUUGUUACUGGGUGUAUCAAUAUGGUCAACUGUUGUCUGGGGAAUCAGCAACUGUUUGGUCGAAAUGUGUACAUUGUUUCCCGUCGAAGGUGGUUUCGUCUACUACGCCACUCGAUUCCUUGAUCCCUCUUUAGGUUUUUCUUUGGGAUGGAACUAUUUUAUCUGUCAAGUAUCACUUAUCUGUGGAGAAUUCACUUCAAUGCAGCUACUUAUCAGUUAUUGGGCACCCGACUUGACUCCUGCAGUUAUCAUCUCAGUUGGAUUGGCAGCACUGCUGUUCGUUCAAGUGUUCAAUGUGAGAAUUUAUGGUGAAACAGAAUUCUGGCUUUCAAUCGGAAAAAUCUUCAUGAUUCUCGGUGCAUUCAUUUUCACAUUCAUUACUAUGGUUGGAGGUAAUCCCAAACACGACAAAUAUGGAUUCAGAUACUGGAAAGACCCUGGACCAUUCAAGGGACAAAACAACACUGACCGAGCGUAUAACAUUUGGAAAGCACUUCAAUGGGCAGCAUACGGUAUCGUCGGACCUGAUUAUAUCUCUUUGGUAGCUGGAGAAGUGCAGAAUCCAAGAAGAGUUUUACCUAAAGCAUUCAAUUCUACAAUCUACAGAAUCUUAGGUUUCUACGUUGGAGGUGCUUUCUUCGCUGGAUUGAAUGCCCCUUAUAACGACACUCAUCUCUUAGGUGCAAGUAAAGCUACUCGAUCUCCUUACAUUAUCAAUAUGAACAGACUCGAUAUCCCAUACUUACCAUCAAUCUUGACAGCCGGUAUUUUAAUCUCUUUAUUCUCUUCAACGUCUUCAAUGGCUUUCGCAGCAAGUCGAACUUUAUAUACAUUAGGAUUAGAGGGUCAUGCACCUAAAAUCGUCACCAGAGUGAACAAACAUGGUUUACCAUAUGUCUGUGUAUUGGUAACUUUGCUUCUUGGAUGUUUAUCUUAUCUCGCUUUGUCCGAUAACACAGCUACCGUCCUCAGUUGGUUCAUCAACUUGACUGCUGCUACUCAAAUGAUUACUUGGAUCGCUAUCGGAGCAUCUCAUAUCCGAUUCCGAAAAGGAAUGACAGCUCAAGGAUUAGGACCCGAUUACUUGCCUGCUAAAGGGUACCUACAACCUUAUUCAGCUUGGUGGGCCAUGAUUUGGUCGAUAUUCGCACUUAUCUUCAGUGGAUACUACUUCUUCACACCUGGAACAUUCGAUAUCCCAGAUUUCUUAUUCACUUAUAUGGCAGUAUUCAUAUUCAUUUUCUUGAUGAUUUCAUGGAAAGUUAAAGGUGUAUUAAGAAAUGGUCAAAGUUGGUCAUGGAUCAAACUCGAUCAAAUGGAUUUCAAAACUGGAUUAAAAGAAAUGGAAGAAAUGACUGUUGAUGCAGAUGAAAAAUGGAGGACUGAACCUCAAUCAAAAUUAGAUAAAUUUGCCAGUCGAAUGUUCUAA